GCGGAGCGUGCGAUCAGUUACCGAGCGGCUGUCCUCUUCGGUAGAAGCUCGCCAGGCGCGAAGCUCGAGUUUCGAAUGUUUCCGCACUCGUGUAAUGCUAUAGCAGUACCGCAAUCGUUGUUCGUAGUGUUCGAAGCGGGAGCGUUUUGAAAAUGCUGCAGGUGCCGGAUAGCCAAAGUUGUCCAGUUGAUUGUUCUCUCAUGUGCGACAUUUCUUUCAUCAACAGGCCGAGGUUGAUUGUUAUCGUGUACCUGUAGAAUGACCGGGGGGACAUUAACGAGAAAAACGAGACAAACACCCGUGAAUUGCCGCGCCGGAUGCUCGCAACAUUAGCGGAAAUAAAGAGGAGAGAAAGCCGCCGCGACGGAAAUAAAACGAGUUCGAUACAGCAAGCAAGCUGUGGCCCCACCGAAAGCUCGUCAAUCUCGUCAGGCGAAUAAUCAGGCUGUGGAAAAAGAAUAGGGGACAUUAGCUCGGCAGAGUAAAAGCACCCCACGUCGUGCAUAUAGUCGCCGAGGACAGCGUAAUUCCCGGGUGGCGCGCGACUGAAUAACACGGCGCCAGUGGCUAACAAGUGGAGGAGCCCGAGAUUCGGUCAGACGUGAGCCCGGAUGACGAGCCGAGCGCCGCUACGGUAUAAUCAGAGGACGGAGACGACGACGACGCUGGCGGUGGCAGUCACAACGAGGACUACGAAGACGACUAGAUUGCAGAAAAUCACAUAAUCGAUAGCCUUUUCUUCUUCUUCUUCUUCUUCUUCUUCUUCUUCUUCUUCUUCUUCUUCUUCUUCUUCUUCUUCUUCUUCAUGGUCAGGUGCUCGAUGUAGACACGUCGAGCUAACGACUAUUUGCACAAGGUCCCACGCCUUCUCAAUCUCUGUCGCUACCGGUUGCCGGACGGUAAACGAGUGUCUGCUCGUUUUUUCCCUCAGUCCUCGGCCGGACUGACGCACCGCAGACAUGGCUCUCCAUUAGAAGGAUUAUCCCUUUCAUCUUCACUUUUUUCCUUCUCUCCCUCUCUUCUCUAUCUCCUCUGUCUCCUUCUGUUCACACCUCACGCAAAAAUGCAGCUGAGUUCGCACGAGUCAACGGAGAUACCGCACCAGCAGCUGCGCGACGUCAUGCGCAUCCUGAACGGCUACGAGAACGAGACGGAGGACUUCUCGCAGCCCCAGCUGAAAAAGUACUUCGCCGACUCGUACCUGCUUUUCGUCUUCAUCUACUCGCUGCUGAUCGUCUCGAGCACCGUGGCGAAUUUCGCCAUGGUUUUUCACAUAAUCAAGUACGACAUGCACAAGGACCCCACCUGCGCCUUUCUCAUCAACGUCGUCAUCGCCAACGUCAUACACGUCCUCUUCGUGCUGCCGUUUACGUUGGCUGUGCUGCUUAUGCGCAAUUGGAUCUUCGGACAGUUCUUCUGCUACUGCCUGCCGAUUCUACAGGAUAUUCCAAUACACGUAUCGAUGAUGACAUAUCUACUGAUAGCUGGCGACAGAUAUAGGCUGUUAAAUGAUCCAAGGAAGCCUCGAAUUCCAGCGUUUGUCUGUGCGUUGGGUACGUGGUUCUUCGCUGUCUGCAUUGCCUUACCACAUCCGAUUUAUACUACUUACUUAGACCUGCCGAGCUUCGGCGAUACAAAACAAGGCAAGCGUAUUCAUCGGGGACUUCAAAUGUGCAUGAGCAAUUUGGCAGAUGACAUACAAGAAUAUAUACGGAGCCUCUUUAUUGGAACAUACAUAGCGCCCCUGACGAUAACAGCAUACCUCUACGUUAAAUCCGGCCAAGAACUGCAGAGGCAGGAGGGUCCAUUGGCAGUGGCAGUCUUCGAGUCACGGGCCAAGGAUUCCGCCUCCUACUCUAGGCAGGGAAGCAACACUAGCAACGAAAUUGCACUAUCGAUUCACAGAAAACGAGGAAGUGAAAGUGUUGGUACAAGCGCAACGGCUGCGUUUUCAAAUCUGUCAGCAUCCUACGAUCUUGAUGACGCCGAACUGGACGUGCAAAAGGAAAAGCGGACGCAAAAAUAUCUAAUCUUUAUGGUGACCGCUUACGCAGUAUGUUUGUGUCCUCUAAUGGUUUUGAGAUUAGCGAGAUCGGCGUUCCAGGAGACGUACGACAACUCCUCCCACAUCGACAUGACCUUUGUACUGUUCAUCUGGGUGGCCUUUCUGCCCGCCCUCAUAACCCCGUGCCUCUACGCCUCGUGGCAGAUGAGCAGACCAGCGAAGGAGCGUCUGCGCGGCUACUUCCGCUUCUCGAACCGCCGCCACACGAGGGUCUGCGAGGACGGGCACCAGCGCCGAUCCAGUAGCAGAGCUUCCCGACAUCACUCGAAUCUGGCCUCGCCGCUACCGCCGCGAUCCCGGGCCGGCAGCAGCAAUUCCGGCAACGGCAGCGCAGUCCUCGGCGCGGGCAGCUCUGUCAGCGCCUCGCGCUCAGCCAGAUCCAGUGGAGUUCUACCACCCGAGAGCCCAGACCUAUCUGUCGCAAGCUACAGUCCCUACAAAACCAGCAACUUCAUCAUGCCGUAGAAGACGCUACAGGUUGGAGAGCUUAUCGCAACCACCGACGAAGUAUUACCCAGUUUCGAAAGUUUUUUCCGACUGGCAGAGAUGAAUGGGAUAUCCAGGGCUUAAGACGAGCUCCACCGAGCUGCAAGGUCUGGUUUAUAAGUGUAUUUGUCUUGUGAUCGAUGCUUGAACGAAUAACGUAUUUUAUGAUACAUAUAUAAUUGUUGUUUAUCGAUAAGAAGGACGGCUCUGAUCGCGAGAGACUUCACUGGCACUUUUGCAGUCGUUUAGAAAGAUUUACAACUUUUUUCAAGUUUGUAGAAAAAAAUCUUUUUUUACUAGCUCAUUUACGAUUUAGAAGUGAAAGGAUAGCGGUGAAGAAGGUAGUCUCUAAUAUUUUGUAUGAUAAAAAACUGUUUUGUAACAAUAUGAAUAAUUUUUUCUCAAACUGAGCAGGCCUCGUGCAUAAAUUGUACUUAUAGUUUGUAUAAAUUUAUUAUGAAAGAACUUUGAUUAUACUCUUGACCUACUUUAAGCAAAGACGAAUUGCACAUAAGAUAUAAUUUGAUUUUCAAAUAGAUCAAAUAAUUGGUUUUGGUAUACGUAUUAUGAUCUAUUUCUAAUAACAUCAUUAUCGUGCGUUUGCAAAUAAUUCCAUAGAAAAUAAAAAGAUUCUUCGGAGUAAUAUUAACUAUUUUAUACUAAUGAUUGAGUCGUGAACUUUAGUUUGACUUUCAGAAUAACGUCAAGUUGCUUAAUUUGAAACUAACAAGUUAGUAGAGAACUCGGACUCCGGACAAUGAAUCUUGACAAGCUUUGAGGUACAGACUUUUUGUAUUUGUAUUUAAUAGUAAAUCCUGAAACUCGUGAUUUUGUUCAAUAAGCCCUUGUUCUACAGUAGAGCUAUAAUAUUCUUGAGUAGUAUUGCAUAAUGUACAGGAUGUAAACAAAAUAUAAACAAAACUCAUUAAAGAGGCUAAAUAUAUUAAGGGUUUGUUGAACAAAACUAUCGAGUGCUGAAUGAGAAAUCAGUUCCUGGAACAUAGCCUGUUUCUUGCAAGAGUAAAACUCGUUAUAGUAGCAGAGGUUUCUAAAUAACAGUUUAAAAUUUACCUCUCUUACGAAAAUUUCAUUAUUACAGAAAUAAAAAUAUUAUAUAUUACUUAUAAUAUUACUUUUUAACUUUUUCUGAAUGAAUUGUAAAUUUAUUUUGAGUUAAGUAUCAAUUCUUAUUGAAGACUAAACGUUUAUACAACGAUACUUAGAUGUACCUGAAUGUAAAGAGUGUAAUGAAUUUUACUUAAAUGCACAAGCAAAGCUUGAUGCAUAAUAAUAUCAAUCGCAGUAUUUGAAAUAUUUGUGGAAUACACAUUUUU